AGCAUCACAGAUGCAUCAAUUCUCUGAGCAAAGUGAAACCACAGCAGGCUGUGCUGAGAGACCCACAGUUACUGCAGAAACCUCCAUCACUGCAUGUAAAAAGGUCCUCUGCAGCAACAGUUUAUUGGACUCUGCGGAAUAUUGGCUGCGCAAUGAGAAGAGGCUCUGCCAGAUUGGAUUCCUGGAGGAUAAGGAAAGAACCAGCUGUCCCACGAUCUGUUUUGUGAACCUCGAUGGGGUGGAUGCAAACUUCAAUAGAAAGGAACUGCAACAGAAAUUGGAUACUGUGUCACCUGACCUCCCGCACCUCAUCAAUACUUUAAACGUCUGCCAGAUGAAAGACAAUGAACUUAUCCUCGUGAGUGGAUUAAUUGCUCCAGGAAGUUGUCAGGACAAUGCAGAUGAUUCCCAGGAUCAAAAGGAUGAAUCCGUCAAAUAUUCAGAAGAUGAGUGCCUCCCACCUCCCGCGCAGUUGCCCAAACCCCCGGAUGUCUGUUUGGUUCAGUCAGGAAGAAGGUGCAGAAAGAAUGACAUGGCCUGUCUUAUUUAUGAAAUCAACAAAUGCAUGAUUGGCCUGGAUUAUUUCAAAGGAAAGAAAAAAACCCUUGUCAGCACUGCCAACUGGAAGGCAGAGGAGGAGACUAAUUACUCAGGUUCAUCCGUUGAGGAGGACUUUCUCACUGCUUCUGAACAACUCAAUGAUGAGCAAGAUGAAUCCAGCAAUGCCCUAAAAGAUUCUCCAAAGAUUGGUGGGUUUGAUCCAUUACAAGGCACAAAAAGGCCAAAAGUAAAAUCUAAGGUGCUCCUGCAAAUGCGACAAAACAAAGAUAUUUUAUUUUGCCAAAGGUCAUGCAAUCUCCAAGAUACUUUAGUGCACACAUGUGCAGAUGAGGAGAGCUCUGGAAGUGCCUCGUUGCUUUGCUGUGAGGCGAACUAUGUGGCUGAAGAAGCAGAUGGAGAAAGACUUCAAUUCGAAAGAAAUACACAGGAAGAAAGCCUUGUCUUACAAUCUCCUCACAACGGCCAUUUAACAAACUCUGCUCCGGAGUCUUGCACAAUUGAAAGUAUCAGUACGCAUCUUCAGACAGAUUCUCCAGCACCACCAUUAGAUGCACAGAACAUAGAAGAUAAACCUCCAUCUCUGAAAGAGAAUCACUGCAUGGAGGGUAAUUAUGCUUCAAACUUAGCGGAGUCUGUUUUACAGGAUGCCUUCAUUAGACUGUCACAGUCAGAGCCCACUUUUACUACAGAAGCUGCAGUCAGCAUCUCUGCAGAAAGCGUUGAUGACCAAUCACCCAGCAAUUCAACAGCAUGUAUAACAAAUCCUCCUUGUUCAUGGAAUGUACUUCCCAAAAUUGUUAUUGUACAAAGUCCAGAUAAUUGUGAGAAUGCUUCAGAAUGGCAAGAACCUUGCAGCCCUACAAUAACUUCCUGCUCAGACUCUGAUCUGUUAAGUGGUACUCCAGUUGAUGUACAGGAGCACAUUGUUAGCCAGAAUAAUUCAGAGUCAGCUGGUUUGCCUCCUAGUUCUAUUGAGGUAGCUCUAGUUUGUGCAGCAAAUGUCAUAGGGACUGUUUCAAGCCCUUAUAUCACUGAGGGUCUACAGCUGGACCGAACCUCAUAUGAUGUAACUGAGCAUUUGCCUUGCAAUGGAAAAAAUGGGGAUGGAGCUUCGCUCAGUGGUUCUGAAUGUGGAGAGAUGAGCUUCUCGUUCUCUUCAGCUCUCUAUGGUGUAACCCAGGUGGCCAGUGUCAUAGGAGUUGCAGGGUUAAGUGACGAGCCAGACAUGAGUUUUUCUGCUGCUUCGAGCGGCCUACUGUCUGCAGCAGAAACUUCUGCUGCAGUCACCCUCCAAUGCAGUGUGAGUGUUGGCAGCAGCCUAGAGACAUUUGCCCAUAACAUUGCUGAGGUGUUGUUCAAAGAAGCAGCCACCGUUCUUACAAAGCCUGACAAUUGCAGAAGUGUCGGUGGAUUUAUGGAAUCUGUGGACCAAAAGAUAAUUGAAACCGUGACAAGACCCAAAGUCUCUCAUUGGGAGGAAUUGUUAAAGGAUGACUUUGCCUUGAAUAUGUCGAAUUUAAUUCUAAAACAUUCUUUUGAAGAAGCAAAUAGCAAAGUGCAAACAGCACAUCAAGAAAAGGAAAAUAAUUUGGGUGUAAAUCCAACCAAUAUAUUAAUUGAAAAUGUGAAUAAGUCUCUCUUCAGUAUAUUAUAUUUCACUUGCAGGAAAAUCAAAGAAAUUGUCGGGCACAAUGAUGUUUCUACACUCUUUCAAGAUGAUACGAUGAUAAACAGUAAGGAUUCAGAAACCAACAGCAAAGAGGAUGGAGAUUCAAUUUACUAUAAUGUCAGUGAUAGUGUUGAAAAUGUUGGUCAUACAUCUGCUCCUCACGGGAACCUGGCAGAUCCAACAAUCCCGAUUGAGAAAACAAGUGUAGGGCCAGAUUUGUCACAGCAGGUUAACCUGAACCCAACCCGGCUUGGCGGCAGACGAGGCAGUGACUGUGGAAAUAUUUCACCCACUUUGACCAAUGCACUGAGAUCAAGGAAUACUGCAGCUACUGGUACCAAUGUUGUCGUCCCACAACAUCAGCAGAAAAUAUGUGACAAAGACACUCAUUCAUCCUCUAUUGAUGCUAUUGAGGUGGGUAGCAGACAGGGUGGUGCAGUUCAAGGUCGUACAUGUAAUUAUGCAAGCACACUUACAGACAUGAGAGGCCAAAGUUACCCUGAUAAAGACCAGAACAUUCUUAUCACAAAUGCACAAAGUACAUUAAGUCCAUCUAAAUCUUUAUUCCAAGUUGAAAAGUCAACAGCUAACGACCUUUCAAUAAAUGGUUUUGCUGACCAUGUAUCCAAAACGGUUGUUUCCAUGGCAACAGAAAUGGCAGCCAUUUGCCUUGAAAACACAAAUGCCAAACAGCCGUGGUUCUGUCCAUGGAAAUCAAGGUUUGGUGACCAUGAGCAUUUCAUGGUUCCACAGUCAUCCUCAGCAAGAUCUCUCACCAGGAGUAAAGACUCUCAGCCGACAACAGCCAAGAGACUUAAGCCACCAAGACUGAGUGAAAUCAAGAGGAAGACACAAGAGCAACCUGAGCUAAAAGAAAAGCUAAUGAACAGAGUGGUUGAUGAGUCAUUAAACCUUGAUGAUGCCUUGGACCAAAUUAAUAACUUUGCCCAGGAGGUAACAGCUAAAAUAGUGAACUCGGCUGAACUAAUGGUGAUGGACACUGUGAGGCAGGGGCAGGGCAGGGCGAGAAACAGGCUACUGGGCAGAGAAAAAAAGACAUCCAGUUACGAAAGCAUUCCCGAAGAGGACACGGAUUCCAACAGCUCGUGGGCUGCCGUUGGUGCCAUGACUAAGUUUGGGCAGCCAGUGAGCAGGGGCAGUUCCAUCUCUAAACAAUCGAGCUGUGAGAGCAUCACCGAUGAGUUUUCUAACUUCAUGAUGAAUCAGAUGGAAAAUGAAGGCUGGGGAUUUGAGCUGUUGCUGGAUUACUAUGCCAGCAAGCAUGCCAGCAACAUUUUAAAUGCAGCUCUGCAGCAGGCGUGCAGAAAGAAUGGCCACCUUAGUGUAAGUGCAACGUGUCUGUCGAAACAAUCGAGUACAGAGAGCAUUACGGAAGAGUUUUACAGGUACAUGCUCCACGAAUUGGACAAAGAAAGCAAAGAGGGGAAAGCCAACAAAGAGCUCCACAACAUGCUGGUUCCCCCUGCUGGGAGAACAACUUUAAGCUUUAGGCAGUCUUCAAUGCCAGACAGACGAGCAUCUGAGGGACGAUUAACAGUAACUCCCCCUGUGAAAGCAAACUCUUUCGAUGGCUUUGCCCGGAAGGAUCGCAGAAACACACUGCACGUACAUCCAGGUGAUGCAGCAAUGUCCACUAACCUGUACAAAUCCUUAACAGACUCUUGUUUAUAUCAGAGGAGUAAAACCGACCACAUCACUGACAUGCUGAUAAAUGAAACUUGGUCAAAUUCCAUUGAAGCUCUCAUGAGGAAAAAUAAAAUCAUUGGCGAUGAUGCUGACAAUCAGUGUGGUGAACCGUUGUCCAAGCAACAGGCCGAAACUUGUCCCACCUGGGUAGUUACAGACGCUAUCAAAUGUGGGAAAUCAGGCAGCAGCAGUCAACAAGGUUCUUCUGAAACUGCACCCCAUAACUCCAGAACUGAAAGCAAACUGUGUGAGACAGACGUUGGCCAGAGAGUGGAGAAAGCAAAAUUAGUGACUGACAAGAAAGGCUUCAGUUCACACGAUCGGGCAGCCGUGAAGAGAAAGAAAAUGUCCCACUGCCCAAGGGAAGUCCCUUUAAUUCAUAUAGAGGACGACCAAAAGGAAGAGAUCAAGCAAUGCCGGCAGGGAAAGGCUGCCUGCAGCAUGAAGAGACCGAUGGAAAGGAAGUUUCCUGAAGUCGAUUCUGAAGGGCAAAGUGAAUCUGCUUCUUUAAUAUCCAGCAAUGGGAACAGCAGCACUUCAAGUAGUCUUGGCCUCGUGGAUCUAGAUGCCUAUCAGGAGAACCUUUCGAUACGUACUAUACCCAGUGAAAUCAUCAGUGGAAAGGAGACAUUGAAAGAAAAGCAAGAUAGUUUGGAUGAAAAUACAUCGCAGAUGGCAAUUGGCACAAUGAACUGCCACAUGGAUUUUCUUGUGUUGAACUUUGAUCUGAGCCCUGACUGUGUUGAUGCUGAAUUGAGAGCAAUGUUGCAGUGGGUAGCAGCUUCUGAACUAGGAUUUCCAGUGAUUUACUUCAAUAAAUCUCAAGAAAAGAGGAUUCAAAAGUUUUUAGAUGUUAUCCACUUUGCUAACCAGAGAGCCUGGAAGCUCAAAGAUCUGUUUCUUGCAAUCAUGCAGUUCUGUGAAUUACAAGAAGAGGAAGGAAAGCUUCAAACAAGCAGUCUGUUUGACUGGCUCCUUGAAUUGGGCUAAAUAUUAAUAUGCAUUUCUUGUUUGUGUAGAUAAAAAGGUAUAAUAGUCAUAUUGAAACUUUGACUCUGGAGUUGAUUUGUAUGAAUAUUUACAAGCCAGGUUGUGUUUUUCUUGAAAUCACUCAUUAUCUGCACAUGGGUCACACCAAGUGGUACUGUAUACUACAUGUGAAAACCAGCAGUUGUAUUUAUGUCAAAGAGCAAUUUGUCAUACAUACCCAAGAUAUGUUGUUUCUGCCACAUAUUAAUUGCAGAGUUGAAGCAACUAUUUAUUAUUAAAUGUGGAUAAAUGUUAUUUCAUCACCAAAGCAGCCCCACUAUUACAUUGGGCAUACCGUGUACUCAUUUUGCAAUGUAAGUGUAUAAGAGCUGUCACAGAUGCAAACAAGCCACACUCAAAGCUGAAUACAUUGUUAUCUUUUAUCUGAUUUGUACUGUACACGUGAAGACGAUGACAUACGCAAGCCAUAUGGUAUCAGACGAAGCCUGUACUGUUUAUGUAAAUUUGUGUGGCUUGACUUUAGCGCAGAUUUGGAUAGAGUUGAAAGAAAAUAUUUUUACAAUCAUCUUAUUAAAACUGUAUUUUAGGUGUACAGCGCGCUUGUAUAUCUGAACAACCAACCUUUCAGCUAGUGAAGAGUUCCAGACAGCUGACUGCAAAGAUGAUUUUAAUGUAUUGAUGCUGUUUACUCUGUUGAAAUAGUCACAUAACAUUAGAUCAAAUUUUAGAAUGUAAUACCAGGGAAUGCUGCAUAUCCAAACCAAAACCCUUGUCUAAAUAAUGCCAGUCUGCUAGCACUAAAGGGGCCAUGCUGUUUGGCAACAUACAAAAAUAGAGAAUUGUGAAAAGAGUUGCAAACUGCACAUCGUGUUUAAUGUAAUGCAGUUAUAAUAAUUAUCCCAAUUUAGGGAUAAAAUAAUUCUGCCACUUUUCUACAGCAGCCUAAUACAAUAAAUGAAAGGAAAAUAACAACAGUUUUUAGUGGUACAAUUGACAGAUAAAAUAAUUGUCUUGAGCAGUUUCUUUUUGGACCAAUUGUUUAUUUUCAAAUCAAUACUGUUCCUCAGAAAUAUCAAGUUUUAAAAAGCACAAUCAAAAGGGGAACCUUGGCAAAAAGUCACUAUUAAGGAUGACAACUGUAAUACUUCAUUCAAAAAAUAAACUUGCCAUCAAAAAAUGUUUGAUUUUGUACAAAACAUGUGGGUUUAUUUGUAAUACUGCAGAUUGCAGUUACCAUGCUAGAUUUAGUCAAAUUACAUUUUUCUUUAAAUUUAUUACAGUUCCCUCUCAAAACAAUGAAAUAGAUUGGAAAAUGUGCACAUGAAAAUCACACUGAAUUCUUGAUGGGAUUUUGUGCAUUACCGCACAAACCAGCAUGGUGUGUAGGAAAGCACUGCUAGUUUAAAUCCAAAGUAGACACAAAAUGCUGGAGUAACUCAG